GCUGGGAACUUCCUAUUUCCCAUCUAUGUGUGUGUGUGUGUGUGUGUGUGUGUGUGUGAAAAUUGAGACCAGUCACCUACCUCACAAAGGAAUGGUUGAGGGGUGUGUUCUAGAGUUUAGCAGGGAAGAGAAAACCAAACCCAAACUUUACUUUCUUGCAAGAGCACUGACCAGGUAAAGUGUUGAAUACACUUGAAGAAGUGUUGAAGAAGAAGAAAUAAAAGGCAGCAAGAGGGAAAAAAGAGUUGGAAAUGGGAUCAAGGUUCUGAGGGAAGCAGGAAUACACAAUGGAAACCUACACCGUCACUGUGGCAACCGGCACAUCAGAAUACUCAGGCACCAGCAACUACAUCUAUGUGACCCUAGUGGGGCAGAUGGGGGAGAGUGAGCGCACCCUAUUGGACAAACCAGGCCUGGAUUUCUGUCGAGGGGCGGUGGAUGAGUACAAGGUAAGCAGCCGUACCACUCUAGGACCGUUGCUACUGGUCAGACUGGAAAAGGAACGAUACUGGGUAGAAGAUAACUGGUUCUGCCGCUAUGUCACGGUGAAAAGUCCAAUUGGAGACCAAGUCCUGACCUUCCCUUGUUACCGCUGGUUUGUGAGAGAUGUCAUGGUGGAGAUACGAGAAGGAACAGCCAAGACGCAUAAAGAAGACGCCUUAGAUGUACUCCAAGCUCACAGAAAAAGAGAACUUCAGGAUAGACAGCAGAGUUACAGAUGGCAAACUUGGGCUAAAGGGAUACCGCAAUGUAUCGAUGCUAAAACGGAAGCAGAUUUGCCCCAAGAUGUUCGUUUCGACAACGAGAAGAGGAGUGAUUUUCAGUAUUCCUUACAUUUUGCCUUGUUGGAGUUGUCACUGAAGAAACUUGCCAUCUGUUUCGGGAAUUCUUGGAAUAACCUGGAUGAUUUCAAACAAAUCUUCUGGAAACUCCGAAGCCCAAUAUCUGAGUACUGCAUGGAUCAUUGGAAGGAAGACUGGUUCUUCGGCUACCAGUGCCUGAAUGGCUCCAACCCCAGAAUGAUCCACAAAUGUAAACGACUACCAGAGAAAUUUCCGGUCACAGCUUCCAUGGUGCAGAGCUCAUUCCCUCCCAGGACCAACCUGGACAAUGAACUUAAGGCAGGGAAUAUCUUUUUACUAGAUUAUGUCAUCAUGGAAGGGCUUCCCAGCAACAUAAUCAAGGGUCAACGGCAGUACAUCGCUGCUCCUCUCUGUCUUCUUUACCAACAUCCAGACCAAGGACUCAUACCCAUUGCUAUUCAGCUGGGGCAGACGCCGGGCUUGGAGACACCCAUUUUUCUACCCAAAGACCCGCACCUCGCCUGGCUAUUGGCAAAGAUGUGGGUACGUCACUCUGAGUUUCAGAUCUUCCAGGUGCUAUCUCACCUGCUCAGGACUCACCUGGUGGUGGAGGUGUUUUGUGUGGCCACACUGAGACAGCUGCCGGCCGUACAUCCUAUUUAUAAGAUCCUGGCUCCCCAUCAGCGAUACACGCUGGAGAUUAACUGUAGGGGGCGCACACAGCUCAUCUCUGCAGAUGGCAUCUUUAAACGGGUUGUGUCUACAGGUGGUGAUGGUCUGCUCAUUCUGGCCCAACGAGAGUACAAGGAUCUCACCUACCGCUCACUCCAACCAUACUUGGAUUUUGCUGAUAGAGGAGUUUCUCAGCUGCCAAAGUAUUACUACCGAGAACACAGUCUGAUGCUGUGGGAGGCCAUACACAGCUAUGUAUCACAGAUGGUGAGCUUGUUCUAUGAGUUUGACCAAGAUGUACAUCAGGACCCAGAGCUCCAAGCCUGGAUCAGGGACAUCACUCAAGUGGGCUUCACGGAGCUUCCCAACUUUGGUCUUCCUAGUGAGCUGAGCAGUAAAGAGGAUCUCUCCACCUUGCUUGCAGUCGUCAUUUUCACCAGCUCAGUCCAGCAUGCCGCUUCUAACAAUGGCCAGUUUGACUGGUGUGCAUGGAUACCAAACACCCCUUGCACCAUGAGACAGCCACCCCCGACAGACAAAGACGCCGUUACCAUGGAAAUGAUCAUGGCCACACUUCCUGAUGUCAGUCAGUCAUGUGUGCAGAUGGCAAUCACAUGGCAUCUUGGAAGAGCACAACCCGAUGCGAUUUUUUUGGGUCAAUACACAGAGCAGCACUUCACAGAGGGGCCGGCUCUGGAGCUGAUUGACAGAUUUAGAAAGGAUCUGAAAGAAAUUGAAGACCACAUCCUGAGUCAAAACGACGGAGAGGACCUGCCGUAUCUUUUUCUCUUACCCAGUCGUGUAGAAAACAGCAUUACAAUAUAAAAAAAAAGACAAUCUUCACCUCAAGUAUGCAUCAGCGAUUUAUGUAAUCAACAUUUGUAGUUCUUUAUAUAAAGAAAUAUUGCAAUAAGUAUUACCAGUAUACAGCAGUCUGUCUUGUUUUCUGUGAUAACCGACAUUGGCCACUGUGUGCAUCACGCACACCAGUUCCAAAGUCUGGUUUCAUGUUUAAAAUGAGUCUUCUGUGGUCUGAAUCAGUGUGGUGGACAUCAUCAGUUCUCCUUGUUCCUCUACUUCCAAAUCGACUUCACCUUAUUCAAGAUGGACGUGAUGGCAGGUUUAGUGGCUUGGCUGUCUGUGGCCAUGUCAAGAGUGGAACCGGGACAACAACCACCAUCCAAAAGAUUUGGCCGUAUCUUCCUUGAACGGCUCAUUUUCCAUCUUUUCCAAAGUGACUUCCUUCUGGAAUUAAGUGCUCCUGGUUGCAUCUCUUCUUGAAGAGUCGGUUCUGAUGAAUGCUUCUUGUUUUGUUUUCCUUCUAAUAACUGGUAGCUGCAAGAGGAAGGUACAGACAGGGUUCCGGUCUCUGGUGAAUCCUGCAGACCCAUUGAGGAACUGUCAACUUCGUCUUUGGACUGUUUUGUUUCAUUACAGAUCAGGUCGCUAGUCAUGGCGGCACUCUCUAAGGAUUCCACGGAACUCCUUUCAGGGACGUAAACACGGACAGCAUCACAGAGUCCCUGUCUGAGCGAGCUUUCUAAUUUUUUGGAAAACUCCUGUCUGAAGAUGUUCUCAAAGAUACUAUAGAUGUUGUGUUCAGGUGCAUCCUCUUCAGACUGGAGAAGACUGAGCCCAGACUGAGCCUGCACUUUGUCCGCUUCUGUAGCUCCCAGUUUACUGUCAGGAAUGGAUGACAAGCCGAUAGAAUUGCAGGACAAUACUUCUUCUGUUUUUUCCUCCGAGAUAUUUGGAGUUGUUUUUUCAUAGUUCUUCAGCAUGUUUGCCUUCUCAAGUGCGGAUGAAGCAGGUGUAGUGGGAUGGGAUUGAGCCAUCACAGACUCCAAAAAUGGAGUGGAAAGCCCAGAGGAUGUUUCUCCCUCAAAGGCGCAGAAAUCCUCCACGACCAUGUUCUCCGAGAUAUCUGGAUGUUUCUCCUCUUUGCUGACACUUGUGCUUACGUCUUCUUUCUCGAUGAUGGAGGAUGGAUCAUCGAAGGAAUCUACAAGCUCAGCAUCUUCUGAGCUUGAAAUCCCAGAAUGUGACUCCCCAUCAAAAGCACUGUCUUCCUCGUUUUUUUCUCCUACAUCUUCUUUAUUUGAGCUACCAUCGUGAAGAACAUUCUCAGUAUUUCCGCCAUGAUUACCUUUGGCUCUCUUGCCCUUCUUUUUGCCAGAUCGAGACUUCCAUAUGGACUUGACUUUUUUCACAAUGGUUUUUCCAGCUGUCUUUGUAACUUGGCUGGCCGAAUCAAGAGUGUAAACUACAGGGUGAAUAACGUGACUGAUAAUAUUUCUGGCCUUCUCAAUAAUGGGAGAGGAAGUGGAAGAACACGGCAGAGGAGAACCUGCUUCUCCGGUGUAAUCCAAUUGGUGUAAAAGCCUGGAAGUGGAUCGAGCCUGAGACAUACAACCAUCUUUUCUUGCUUCUUCCUCAGAAGCGUCUUGAAGCUUCUCAUCCAUUACAUUUAACGAAGAGCCUGUCAUCCCGGCGUCCAUAAACGAGGCGGACUUGUCUGUUUCCUCUUCUUCUGAGAUAAAUGCUUUACCAGGUACCGUGUUUUUAAUGGCAGAUGAACGUGCCGCCCCGGUGGCUAUAACACGGGAGCCAUAUUCUGACUCAUCGAUGCACAUCUUCUCGCGGUUGGCUGAAGAAGCCGAAGAAUUGGCGUCCCCGGUCUCCUCUAAAAUGGGUGACAGCAUCGGGGUCAAUUGCAUUUCAAACCUGCAGAGCUCCUCCACCGCAUCUUCAUCCAAGAUGUCAGGAGGAAUGUAUUUGCCAUCUUUUCUGGCGUUCUUGAUCUUAUUUGUAGGCAAAGAAGAAGCAGGUUCAUUAGAUGCUGGUGCAAGCCGCGAUUGUUCACGAGGUUCCUGAUCGUCUAUGGAAGAGGAAACAGAUUGAGCUUCCGGGUCCUCUGAAGUGUCGUCUGCGUCUUUAUCUAGACCCUUCCACACUGACCGGACUUUUUUAGCAAUUGUUUUGCCGGCUGUUUUGGUAACUUCGAUGGUAUCCACCAUAGGCUGAAUGACUUGGUUGAUCAUACUCAUGGCCUUCUCAAUGAUGGGAGAAGAAUCAUCUAAUGGCUGUAAAGUACCUACUUCCUCAUUGUUGUUAACCAUCUGGUUGUACUGCAAGGUAUUACUAUCAGGGCCUUCCCCAUCCUUACGUGACAUGGCGGACUCUUCCUUCAUUUCCUCCUUAGGCUGCUCGGCAAACAUGAGCCUCUCGUUAAAAAAGUCCUUAAGAUAUUCCUUAAUUUUCUGCUGAGUAACAUUGCCGUACGAGGACUCGUCAAUGUAACUAUCCGAGUUGGAGCGUUCCUCCGCGUCCCAUAGAGCAAUGAGCUGCCUCAGCUUUGCAAUGUCUGCAAUGCUUUUCUCCACAAUGCUCUUGAUGAUGUUGUUGAUCUUGUCAUCCCUCUCUUUGUCCUUUUGGCUUAAAGAUCGAUCCUGUAGAACACACAGCUGAUUAGUAUGAUCUUUUUUAGAUAAAUGAUGCAAAUAGUCAUAAGGUUGUUUCGUUACCUGAUUCACUUCUGAAAUGUGCAUAUGAUCUCCAAGCAUCCCUCGCUGUACAAAAAAAUCUUUGAGGCAUUUCUGAGUGUUGAGAAGGUCAAAAAUACCAUACGGUGAUAACUGGCUCUUCUCUGUGAUUUUUCUCAGGUGAUUUUUCUUGAAACUUGCUGUCAUUUUGGCUUCCAUGGCCUUCAUCCCUUUUCUAAGAUUUUUUGUUUUUGUUUUAGGAAGACAAUAUUUGUGUGACAGUCACAAACCUAUUCUUUCGCUUUGAUCAAAGCCAUGCAAAGGAGAUUGAAGAAUGACAUCGGCAUAUUUUGUCAUGAAGGCAUGACAUCAGUAUUUUUUUUUUGUCAUCAAAGCGUGAUGACUAAUAAUGAGGUUUCAAAUGAGCAAUGAGUCGAGUUUAACUCCAAAGCAUCCAAUCACAAACUUACAAAGAUGGCUACCUUCAAUGUACAAAAGUAGUAUUCAAACAUGAUGAUUUUUUUGCAGUAAAUUCCAUUGUUUGAUUUGUCCAAUGUAUUUGUUCUUUUGGCAGAUUUAAGUGAA